GAGAGUCUCCAGGACAGGACACAACUAGGUAGAGCUGGUCAGGGACACACUCCACAUCCACACAGAGGACGACAAGUGGGCGAUGUUGCAUGUGGGAUCGUGUUUAUGGACAUUGAGGAAAGGUGUUUGAUACAGUGCAGAGAGCGUGUAGGUUGAGGGAUCCUCAUCGUCGCAGUAUUUUUAGACUACUUCUGAGAGGAAUACGAAAAUGUCGUCUCCAAGUCCGGGCAAGAGGCGAAUGGAUACCGACGUGGUGAAACUCAUUGAGAGCAAGCAUGAGGUCACAAUCCUCAGUGGACUCAAUGAAUUUGUGGUCAAGUUCCACGGACCACCUGGAACAUCGUACGAAGGAGGUGUCUGGAAGGUCCGAGUUGACUUACCAGAUAAAUAUCCCUUCAAAUCACCUUCAAUAGGAUUCAUGAAUAAAAUCUUUCAUCCCAACAUUGAUGAAGCGUCAGGAACCGUGUGUUUGGAUGUCAUCAACCAGACAUGGACAGCUCUUUACGAUCUCACAAACAUCUUUGAGUCGUUCCUCCCUCAGCUGCUCGCCUACCCCAACCCCAUCGACCCUCUGAACGGGGACGCAGCUGCCAUGUACCUGCACCGACCGGAGGAUUAUAAACACAAGAUCAAAGAGUACAUCCAGAAGUACGCCACAGAGGAGGCUCUAAAGGAGCAGGAGGAGGGAGGGGGCGACUCCUCUUCUGAGAGCUCCAUGUCAGACUUUUCGGAGGACGAGGCUCAGGACAUGGAGUUGUAGUGAAGGGUGGGCGAUUCUGUCCCCUUCAUCUCACAACAGACAGUCAUUUCCUUAAGAGCAGAAACUCAGUACUAUAUUCAUAUUUAAACAAGACAAUUUUUUUACAGCAACACAAGGAUUUUUAUUGCUACACAAGGAUUUGCAGUACGAUAUUGCAGAAUAUUAACCCUUACUUAGGAAUUCAUGACCACCUGCCCUUUUGCCAGCCUCUUUAACCCCGAGAGCCUGUUUAGAUCAAUAAGGAGUGCAUCAUUCAUUUCCACGAUCUUUGGUGGCUUCAAUCAAGGCUUUCACAAUGCAUGUCCAAUAUGAGCAGUGAGACCAAUGCAGGAGGAAGGAGGACCGACAUAACAUGCUCAAGUUUUUUUUUUCUUUACUUUAUUAAACACUUUACUGCUUCAUCUGGCAUCUCUCUGUCGCCGACAGAGGACUCUAGGAGGACAAUCCUCGAUUUCUGAGCAGUCUCAACUUUAAAAGACCGUGGAUUCCCAUUUGUGUCACCUUAAAUCUUUUCCUUUUUUUUUUUUUUUUUUUUAACACCCAUCUCCCAAAGGAGUUGCCAUUACAAUAAUCACAUCCGAGGAGCUGAAGACCGGAAGGGCCCAGCGCGCUCACGUGUUCAUUGUGUACAGACUGCUGUGGCUUCAGUUGGCCUCUCUGACAGGACUGCCCUCAGUGCAAACCUGCUGACACAUCACACACACCAUCAAACGACCAGUGCAUCAAACCAUGACGACACCGCAGCAUGUGUGUGACUCUAGGUGUGUGUGUGUGUGUGUGCAUGAAUGUAAUCCAGGGAGAAUCAUGGCGUAUUGAAAACCUGUGUUGUGUCGACCCCUGAGCAGAAAUCACAAGAGAAGGCUCACAAUCCCAAUGCCUCUCUUCUUGAACACCCAUCUCCGCCUCCUCUCCGUUUUAGGAAAGUGUUUGUCAUUCUCUAAGUAACUUUGUAUAUUAUGGCAUGACACAGAAGUAAAGUUGUGUAGCGCUUUGUGGAGCUGUAGAAAAUGGGGAGGACGCCUGUGCGCGGGGCCUCUGUGAGCCGGGCGGGUUCGGUAGAGAUUAUCCAGGUUCUUGUUGAACAAUUGAAUUUAUUAACUUUGCCUAUUGCUUGUGUUGAACUAUAAUAGGUGUUUGACUUGCGUAGGAAUAGUUAGUUGUUUUGGUUUUUUUGCGGGUGGUGAAUCCUAUCAUAAUGUAUUGUUUGAUACUUAUAUAACACAGUAGUUUCAAGACUAAUUGUCCUGUAAAGAUGAGGAGGAUUAAUACAUCUUUGUCUGAUGGAUGACUCUUCAAAAGACAUGUUGCACCCUUGCUCCACCUGCACCCCCCUCUUAUGCAAAUGCAUCAAAGAUAAUUUACGCUGUCAAGACAGAAGUGCUCUUUGUUUCAGCCAUUCAACACUCUCAUUUACGUCUUUUCAUGCUGUUGAUGGCCUUUUGUUUUCCAAAAUGGUGGGACCAAAAUCUGACGGAUCCACAGGCUUAGUUUCAUAAAUCCCCCAAAAAACCAGAUUGGAUUCGGGAUAAACAGUUUUCAGUUUAAGUGAAAUUAAUAAUGUUCCUCGAUGUGUCAAACUCUACAGAGUCUCGUAUUAGUUCACACUUAAAUUCAGGAAUAGGUUUCUUCUUCAGAGGACAGUUUAAUAGCUUCAGUCCUGGUUUUCCCAGUUCACCCGACUGUUAAAUUUUGUGAUGGUACACUGUUAUGUGUUUUUACGCAGGCUUGAAGCUUGAUACAUGUUUGUAACAUGCAUUCAUUGCAUUGCAGAUCAAUUUGUAUUAUGUGUUAUUUCUGGAAGGGAACAAAAAUUAGAAUCGUACUUUAUCACCAUUACAAUUGACUAUUUCUUCUUGUUCGGAGAGAAAUGGAUUAUAAUCAAAAAUUACUUAACAAGCCCUUUAUAUAUUUUUUUAAAUUAUAUCAGGAUCUCUUCCAUUGUUUCUUGCAAGAGGGUUUACUUUAAUUUGAGAAUUAACAUAGGUUGGUAAAACUAGCAUGUCACGUUUUGUUGACAUGGCAUUAAAUUGUAUUAGUUAACAGCCCAUUUAAAAUGGCUCUAAUUAGCAUCGAUACAGAUGUAUAUGUUGGUGUAGGCCUUAGGACUACAUGAUCCCACAGUCAAUUGUCAUUUGCAAGGAAAAACAAACCACUGUCCAGCCUGGAUCAUCAGUGUAUUAUGCAUUUUUUAUUAAUGAGACACAUAUAUUUGAUGCCUAUAAUGUGUUUGAAUGUUUUUAUUUUUGUCUUUUAAGCCCUAUCUCCAGGAAAAGUCGAAAUAUCCCUGAUUUUUAAAAAGCAAAAAAAUGAAUAAAUGUGCUUCCCUUGUAACUUGAAGAAAGAAAUAAACAACAAAAAAAUA